GCCGCCGCUCCCGCUCCCGCUCCCCAUGCGCCCGGCCGGCCGGAGGCGGCGGCGGCGGCGGCACCGCGGGGCUCCGCGCUGACUGGGCCAUGCGGGGCUGCCCCCCGGCGGCUGCGGGGCGGGAGGGCAGCGGCGCCCCAUGCAGGCGGGGCUGGCGGGCGGCGGCUGACACCAUGCGCGCCCGGUGCCCGGGGCUAGGAGCGGGGAGCAGCCAUGGCCCCCCCCCGCCCAGCCCGGGGCGCAGGGCGGGCGCGGCUCUAAGGGGCCCCCCGCUCGGAGGCUGCUCUGCAUGUGCAGCCUCUCGCUGUGCCUCACCUACCUGUGCUACAGCCUGACGGGGGGCACCGGCCCGGCCGCCCCCGCGGCCCCCGCUCGGGCCGGCAACGCCAGCGGCGCGGGGGGCUCGGCGGCCGCCUGGCUGCGGACCGCGCUGGCCCCCGGGGAGGUGAUCGCGGCGCCCAGCGGCGCCUUCGAGGGGGACCCGCAGGAAUCCAGCACCACGGACGAGGAGCUGAGCCGGGCGGGCAGCACCACGCCGGACUACGGCGAGCAGCGGCUGCCGCAAGCCCUGAUCGUCGGCGUGAAGAAGGGGGGCACCCGGGCGCUGCUGGAGGCCGUCCGGGCGCACCCCGAGGUGCGCGCCGUGGGGGUCGAGCCCCACUUCUUCGACAGGAACUACGAGAAGGGGCUGGAGUGGUACAGAAAUGUGAUGCCCAAGACUCUGGAUGGACAAAUAACGAUGGAGAAGACGCCGAGCUAUUUUGUGACCAACGAGGCCCCAAAGCGCAUUCACUCCAUGGCCAAGGACACCAAGCUGAUCGUGGUGGUGCGGAACCCCGUCACCAGGGCCAUCUCAGACUACACGCAAACGCUCUCCAAGAAACCUGAGAUCCCCACCUUCGAAGUACUUGCCUUCAAGAACCGGACCCUGGGACUGAUCGAUGCCUCCUGGAGCGCCAUCCGCAUCGGGAUCUAUGCGCUGCACCUGGAGAACUGGCUGCAGUAUUUCCCACUUUCCCAGAUCCUCUUUGUCAGCGGCGAGCGGUUGAUUAUUGACCCAGCUGGGGAAAUGGCCAAGGUCCAGGAUUUCUUAGGCCUCAAAAGGAUUGUGACAGAGAAGCAUUUUUAUUUCAAUAAAACCAAGGGGUUUCCUUGUUUGAAGAAGCCAGAGGACAGCAGCGCCCCCAGGUGCCUGGGCAAAUCCAAGGGUCGAACUCAUCCCAAAAUAGACCCAGAUGUUAUCCACAGACUGCGCAAGUUUUACAAACCAUUCAAUGUCAUGUUUUACCAAAUGACAGGUCAAGAUUUCCAGUGGGAACAGGAAGAAAGUGAUAAGUAAAGCCAAGAGAGCAGGGAAAAAGCUAUCUGCUAUCUAGAGGUGAAUCGUUGUCAGAGACACUAAACUCACACAGGGCUAAAGUCUCAGUCUUGUGAUAAAGAGACUCUUGCAGUGUCAAGGUUAAAGUCAAGCUGAACAGCAUUUCCAGCUCUGAAACCUUCAUGUCACAGCAAGUACAGGUUGCAUUUGGGUCUGUUCCAAGCCCUCCCACUGUAUUGUAUUGCAAGAAUUGCUGGGGAAGGCUCCAGUGGGACAGGGGAGGCUACCUGUUUCUAGCACUUUGUUCCUGGUGCUUCCUGUCAGCGCCAGAUAGUCAGUAUUCAGUGAGUCCUACCCACGGCCAACAAAGGAUGAGGGAAGCUUAUAGAAUCCCAAUAGUGACAAGGCAAGCCGACAGAUUCAAUUUCUUCUGCACUACUUUAGUUUUGCCUUGCUGGCAGUCAGGUGGUAUCAGAUCACACACACACACACACACACACAAACACACAAACAGCAAAGCUGCAAAGAAUCUAUUUACAGAUACUUUACUUGCAUACUAGUUACACCUUGCACUAGCUACCAUUUACCAAGUGCCACAAAUAUCCUGAGCCCAAGUCUUUUCUCACUUUUGAGUGUAACUCCAUUAACUGAAUAGAGUUGCUUGUGAUUUCCUCUGGUCUGCAGUGAGACCAGAAUUUGGGCUUCCUCUCUAAGUCCUCAUAUGCUCCUUUAGAUGAUCACGUGCUAAAAACCACUGCCAUGCACUGGCACCUAAGGAGCCAGCUGAGAGUAUUCUCAUGGGAUCCAUACCAGAAAGCUUGGCCUGGACACAUGGCAUAGUCUCCUAGCAGAAGGUGCAGUGUCCCACUCACAGCUCUUUCUGCAGGCAGGUAAUGAACUGGCAUUUCUCAGUCAUUCUGGAAACCCCCUGCUCCCCUGCAGAGCAGAUGGCCGUUGAGGUUGUCAUUACAGGUGGCUUUUUAGUUCUUGGCUAGGUGGCCAUUAGCCCAGAAGGAGAAUCCUCUACUGAGUAAAACCUAAUCACAGUAUCUAGAGUGGUGUGCAAAAUCCAGACACAGGCCAGAUUUUCAAAAAUGCUGAGCAGCCGCAAAUGCCACUGGAGUCCCUGGGGCUGUGGGUGCCAGCCGGUAGGGCUGUGGGUGCCCAGCACUUCUGAAAAUCAGGACUCAGCUGGGUUUGCAAAACCAUGAAACAGUCUUCAUCUUUGCUUCAAAAUCUGCAAAGAGAAUAAAAGGUCAUUUCCACUGAGCGAGUGCUCACUACCCCGGAGAAAGCUUCAUUUCCAAGUGGAAACAACAAAGGUUUAUGAUCAACCAAAUUGGCAAAUCCCGAUGGAAACUAUAAGAUAAGCACCCAUCACUCCUAGAAUCUCAGCAAAACCGAAGCGAGCUGCAUGCCUGGAUCAGCAAAGACAAGGUAGCAGCAGUUUGACACAGCUGCACUAUAUUCCAUGUCUGUUACGGAGAAAAACCCAGUAACAGUGGGCAUGAAAGGAAAACACUGUGUUACCUGUGAGGGAACAUUUCCUUCCUUGGGGUGAUUUCUUGCUGUCUGGGGUUUAUUCUCUUUUCCUUUCCUUUUAUUUACUGUUUAAAAAGAGCAGCAGUGGUGCCUGCUUUUGCAGGGGGACGGAGGAAGAUAUUUUAUUUUUAUCAAGCCUCAGUGCUCCUUUGAGAUGUUGCAUUUGUUGCUGUUUGAAAGCAGCAAGAAAAUGCAGUUUAUGUAUUCCUGAGCAAGACCAAAGCUCGGUUUUGAUUAAGGUGGAAAGAAAUCCUUGUUGAUCCAACUAACCAAAGGAAAUGUCACUAAAACACUGUUAAGCAAGGUAACAAGUUGAACCUGCUUUGGGUUUUAUGGCCUGUCAUGUGGUUCAUUACACAAUAAAGUGGUGCUAGUGCUUUGGAUUGUAUAAAAGGAGCUAAAUUCAUUUGUCAGAUUUCAAUUGUGGGCCAGGUUUGGAGAGCAUCACAUUCGUUCCCACUGAAGUAAAUGUCAGUUCAGAUUAGCCUGAUUAGGUUUUAAAACAGCGUCUGACAAAACACUUUCUCACUGACCUGCAAACCCAGAAAUAUAUUGUACAAACAUUGGAAAUAUGUAGUAAGGGGGGACAUUCAAUUGUUUCAGAUGUUAUUAAAACGUUGUUUCUUCUGCAGAAUGAAAGCUGGGUUGUUAGGCCAUUUAGUGCAAAAUGAUUCAUGGCUUCAGAGGGAGGGAUUUUUUUUUAAAUCUUCCCAAUUUCUAGGGUCCUGCUGAUAUGGACACCCCAAGUCUUUUCUUAUUUCACAUGCCCUGCAAACCCGGAACUCGUUUUGGUGUCACUCCUGCCCGAUGCUGAGCCCCGCCUGGAAAUAAACAGUUGCCCGUCAGCCCAGGGGAGAUGAUGGAACUGAGGGCACUCAGCACCUGGCAGGAUCAAGCCCUUUCAACUAAUCUUUGCAAAAGAGGAUUAAAAAGUUUAUUUUCCUGACCGUGGUUUCAUUAGCAGUCAGAACAAUGCCAUGUGAACCACAGCUGCUGCUGGGGCAGCUGGCCCAACCCUUAGCAACAACCUGAGCAAGGGGGAGCUUUUUGUUCCCACACGAGACCCUACUGAGCUCAGAGGCCCCCAUAGGAAACCCCCCCAGACCCACACCAAAAAUGUUCUUUGCAUAUUUUAAAAAAAACCCAAAAGCCAGAGUGUUGCGCUGCUCCCUAGUCAGGGGCCACCGGAGAUCAGCCAGGGCAGCAGAGGCAGUGGAUUGCUUGUGGUCUGUGGCUGCUCUUUUCACAGGCCUAUUCCUGGAAGGAAAAGAGACUUGAGGAAAGGCCCUGCCUGUGCGUGCUGACACUAUGGUUCUGCAGAUUGGUGAAAGCUUUUGGCCAGUAGAUGGGCAAGAGACGUUUGCAUCUGGAUGAAAUACAGUCACCCCCAACCCGUUUGCUGUAUUCCCAGAGCAGCAACAAAAUGUUGACCCAGGAUUCAGACAGCAGCGUGUGGCCAUGGCAGGCUGCCUGAGCUUAAGUCUCCAUCCCUUCGCCACCCUCUGGAAGGAGCUUGCUUCACCCCAGCCAGCUUGCCCGCCCAGAGGCUAGCAAUGGAAACGGUUACAAAGCUGCAUGUUCUUGCAGAGACAUGCUCUGGAGGCAGGUCCCAUUUGGUUGCAACAAUAGAACUGGACCUGUCUGCGUCCAGGGGAUGCUGCGCCACCGAGGCUUCCUGCCUGGUCUUCUUUUUGCCAUAUUUUAAGAGGUUUAUUUUUUAUAUGGGUUACUUCCCUGCGCUCGGGAGGAGGCGCUUACUGACUCUAGCAAAGGGAAUGUGCUGCUCCUGCACUUUUCCGACUGCAUUGCUCAGCAGGCCUGUUCUGGGGCUAGGCCUCUGGUGAACAUUAAUGGCCUGCUAAGAAGUCAAGGAGCCAGGAGAGACUCAGGUGCCGGGAGGUGGCUGUUCACUAGCACACACAUGAUGCUGUUGCUCUUGGGAAGGGCAGGCCUGGCAUGUCCGGCCAUCAAGAGGCAGUGACAUGGCUUUGUCGGCUUGGGUGAGAUGGUGACUUUUGUCUCUGCAUACCCGCAUGGUCAGUGAAAAGUGUCUGCUUUUGUGAUGUGCUCAUGUGACCGAGGAGUUAUUUCUCUCCAGCGAGAGAGAGAGAGCAACCUGCUAGGAGAUAGUUGGAUUAAUAACUUUUUUUUUUUUACUAUUUAAAUAUCAGCAUUACGGCACAUGGGAGAUUGAAUUUUGUAUUUGAUUUCCAUUAGCAAAGCAUAAAUUAUAUUUAAUUUUAUAUACAGAGACUGGAUGAUUCAUUGUUAUGGAAAAGCUGGUACUUAAUGGUUCAGAAAUGAAAAUGGACAAUUUGUCCUUUUGAAACCAAACUGCAGUGCUGUCAUCUCCUCCCAAACACGUCUGUCUGUAUCAUUCUGUACUCGAACGAUAGGAACAUCUGCAAAUCUCGAACUUAAAACUUGAACCUAACAGCACUAAACAAUAAAACAUUGUAACAGCUGCAUUUUUCUGCUCCAUUUCUCCUUGGUCCGAAGUGGCAGGAAUGGCAGGGGUAAGGAGAAUUCUCUGCUCUAUCCCGUAAUCAACCUAAUACCAUAGAGAUCGGUCAACACCAUGCAGGAGCCUGGGCCCAGUCAGUCACUUGGGAUGCAGGUAGUGGGAGAUGUUCCUCUCUUAGUUUUCCAUGACCGUGAGCACAAACCAGAUCCAAAAGGACUUGGGAGCAGGAAGAGAACAAACCACGCAGCUGCUACUGGGGCAGAAAACCCACUUUGCCAGCUGGGGGGCUCUGUGGCUUGCUUGGGUGUCCUCGCAGGGCUGAGGGCCUGGGGAGACGGUGUCGCUCCCUGGGAAGGACAGAACCAGCAGCAGGUGAAUGCUGCCAGCGUUAUCUGAGCACUGCCUGCACAUUUCCCUGUGUGAUCUCGUUAAUGGCAUGUUGAAAGGGUGUUUGGCCAACGGCAGGAAGACAAUGGCUCUCAUGCUACACGUGACCAUAGCUGAUGGCUGAGUCACCCCUUCCCCAAUGCUCUGCUGCCCGUCUUUGCUAGGCCUGGACUGCAGCCAUGCAGCAACGCAGUGUCCUUUGCAGGGCCCCGCGUGGAACUAGCACACGCAGAGGGUGUGUCUUGGCUACAGGAGCCUCACGCAGCCAACCACUGGGAGCCAGGGGCUCAGCCAACAAUGGGCGUCCCUGUUUCUAUGUUGUGAAUUAGCCACAGACUGGCCGGGAUUGUUACGCACUGUGUUGUCUUCUAACCUGCCUUGCAAGGGCAUUUCAGCCCACAGGACACUCACAAACCAUCCCCCCUGCCCUGCCCCUAUGGGUCUCUGAUUAGCUCAGUGAGGGGAGACAGCUCACCCAACCCACACUGUCCACAAUCAGGCAACCAACUCUUUUAGCAGCAGGAGGAGGGAGGAUGAUUCCCAUGGAGCUGCACAGAGCUGUGUGUGAACACCCAGUAGGUUGGGGGCUCCUGGCUCUGCACCCACUGCCCCAUGUGUCAGGGCCCCUCAGCUCUGCACCCUAGGCCCAGUGGGCUGGGGCCUCUUGCUCUGUGUAAACAUUCCUGCAAACAAAGUAUGCCUUUGCAGACAAUGAAUGGAAUUGCAAACACUGUCAAUUUAUAUCAACCAGAGGCUAGGAAUUGUCACAAAUUGAUAAAGGAAGCAAAGGGACACAAGGAGACAUCUAUGCCCAACAGAGUUAAAGACAAUAAGAAGGAGUUUUUAACGUAUAUUAGAAACAAAAA